GCUGCAGCUUCACCGGCAGCUGCCAGCGAGCACGGCCCGUCUCCGCUGUUUCCGCUCCGUUCCGCUCUACUCAAGCUACCGGCCCUCAGCCGCGGCCCCCGGAAGGCGCUGCAGGAGCUGCCGCGGGUCUGGGCGAGCGGUGCCUGUGGAGACCACACUCUGUCUGUUCAUGCAUGCAGAUUCUCCCAAGUUAGUCCAAAGCAGAGAGACACAUGACAAGAUUUGUUUCCUGCAUGUGGAAGGGACUUGAGGGAAAGGUUUAACUAAUUCAAAAGGAGCUUAUUGUUUCAUUACAAAAUGCAGUGCUUAACACAUCGAUUGGAACUAUUUCCUGAUUGCCUUGUUACUCUUAUCCUAUUUAAUGAUGUAAAAAAUGCUGCUACUUUAAGGAAAAAAGCAAUGGAAGGUGCUAUUGAUGGAGCAUUAAUUAAUCCUACCAUGAUUGUUGAUCCAUUUCAGAUACUUGUGGCAACAAAUAAAGCUGUUCAUCUCCACAAGAUUGGGAAAAUGAAGACACGAACUCUUAAUGCAGAAAUAAUAUUCAACCUUUCACCUCACAACAAUAUUUCAGAUGCCUUCCGAAAGUUUGGCAUUUCAGACAGUGAUUCUUCUGUAUUAAUUGCUCUGGUUGAAGACCAAGAAAGAAUUUAUAAGCUGGAAGAUAUAAUACGUCAAGUGGAAGGCCAACAAGUCUCUUUAGCAGAUCUCCCCAAAAUUACAGAUCUGCCAAAAGUGAAAAAGAUGUACAAGCUUACUCCACAGGAAGAAAAAAUAGGUACACUCUUGGAUGGUGUCAUUUGUAGAAUGGCAACAAAAGAUGUUUCAUGAACAAAUAAAAUUGUACUAGAAUUAUUGCACCCUACUUCUGAAACAUAAACAUCUAUAUGAGCCCUGUAAAAUCUAUGUAAAAUGCUCUGAACACUUGUAUUUGGAAGCAGAAACUGAUACAGCUUUAUUAUAGAAAAUGUAAAUAAUAUUUGGGUAUUUUAUAAUACUUAAUAAUAAAGCAUUGAUUUUUA